GCUCUGUCCCUGUCAACUCUGAUCUUAGAUCGUUCAUCAUGUCCGCGACAGUGGACAACACCGAGGCUAGUACCUCCCCUCCAAAAGAGUUCACGCUUCGCUCGACGAUUGCGCUGAUUGGAGCCUUCAUGGCCCUCUUCUGCACCUUGGGGUUCCAGAAUGCCUUUGGGGUCUUCCAGGCAUUCUAUCAUGCCACCAUACUUCGCGAUCAUUCCGAAUUUGAUAUCGCCUGGAUUGGCUCCCUAUUGACGUUCAUGAUUUUUUUCUUUGCAGCGCCUGCGGGCGUCCUGGUGGAUCGGGUUGGUCCCGCACCGCUGCUCACCUUCGGCGCUGUUGCCACUAUCCUGGCAACCUUCAUGAUCUCACUAUGUAGGGAGCUGUAUCAGUUCCUACUAGCCCAAGGUAUACUGCUAGGCAUCGGCAACGCCUUCCUGCUCUGUCCGGCUAUGGCUACCGUCACCCGUCUAUUUGAUCGCCACCGCGGCGCCGCCAACGGAAUCAUGAUCGCCGGGUCCUCCAUCGGCGGUAUCAUCUGGCCCAUCAUGCUCGACCAGCUGCUCAACAAGGACGGCGUCAGCUUUGGCUGGACCUUCCGCAUCGUUGGCUUUGUGGUGCUGCCCCUAUGUCUCUUCAUGGUCGCGACCAUCCGCCCGGCUCCCAAGACACCGCACGAUUCGGACAGGGAGGGGAUACAGCUGUCGCGCGGCGAGUUAGUGAGCGGCCACAAAGCGCAAGACGCAGAAGGGCCGGCGUCAAUUAUCAAGAACCCGACCUUCCUCAUCCUCUGCGCCGGUCUCUCGGUAGCCACCUUCGGCCUCUUCAGCCCGCUCUUCUUCAUCUCCACCUACGCCGCCGAGCAAGGUUUGUCCGUAAGUCUGGCCUUUUACCUCGUGUCCAUGCUCAACGGCGCCUCCAUGGUCGGGCGGGUCUCCACGGGCUUUCUGGCCGAUCGCUACGGGAACUUCAACCUCUGCUUCUUGACGAUUGCCUCCUCCGGGUUGAUUGCCAUGUGCUGGACCAAGGCCACGAACACCGUAGGCAUCAUCUUCUUUGCCCUAGCCUAUGGAUACACGUCCGGGGCUAUGUUCAGUCUCCAAACCCCGUGUGCCGCCCAGCUCUCGACGCCCGAGACGAGGGGGGCUGCCGUCGGCAUUCUCUUUGUCGCACCAGCAAUUCCCGGAUUAGUCGGCACCCCCAUCAGCGGGCGCCUACUCAAGCACGGCUACCUGGCCCUUUCGAUGUAUUCGGGGGCGGCGUUGUUGGCUGGAGCGGGCUUGGUGCUGAUCGCUCGGCUGCGCCAAAACACAAAGCUGAUGGCGAAGGUGUAGUUGUUCUUCUGUAGCUGAAAGUGGGCGUUACGUCUACCUUUGCUCUGUCUGUGGGUUUUUUUGCGUUUCUAAUGGUCUGUCGAUCCUUGCUUUUGGAUGCGAUAGCC